UAGAGUGGAUAGGGGAGAACCAGUGGAUGUGUUAUACCUGGACUUUCAGAAGGCUUUCGACAAGAUCCCACAUAAGAGAUUAGUAUGCAAACUUAAAGCACACGGUAUUGGGGAUUCAGUAUUGAUGUGGAUAGAGAACUGGCUGGCAAACAGCAAGCAAAGAGUAAUAGUAUACGGGUCCUUUUCACAAUGGUAGCAGUGACUAGUGGGGUACCGCAAGGCUCAGUACUGGGACCCCAGCUAUUUACAAUAUAUAUUAAUGAUCUGAGAGAGAGGUUUCUCGAUGCAACCUGAACCCUUCUUGUUGUUACCCCGUGAAGGUCGGGAGAUCUUGUGGACAAUUAGCGACAGCAAACUCGUUUAGAAAGUCUGCAAGCAGCACAAUUUAGCUGGGCUAUUGAAUUGUUCCAUCAUGCACCCAGCAGCUUAAAGAUGUUCUUCCAAUGACUUCUUGUAGCGGACUGAGAGGGAGCUCGAUAUUCGAUACAGUUGAGGAUUAAACUGUAAAGUGACAAGUUUUGGAAAGUUUGCAGGCGAGGGGUGAGAUGGCCGAUAGGCAAACGCGGGUGAUUUUCACCGGAGGAGCUUUAUUGAGCUUCGCCUCUGUUUUGACUGCCCUGGUGGCUCUGGGCACUCAGUCCUGGGUCGAAGGAACCUUGCUGUGUAAGACCGGCGUGCAACUUGUCAACGCCUCGGGAGCAGAGCUACACAAAUUCAUUGGGGCCAUCAGUUACGGCAUGUUCCAUGGCCAGAGACUCCGAGAAUGUGUUCUCGGCGGGCGACACUUCCAAAUUACCUUUUUUCCAACCCUUUUGGACGGCAUACCUGCAGGUCUUCACGUACUGGUUCUACUGUUUGCUGCAGCAGCCAUUGUGUUUGCGCUGGUGGCCACUGGAUUCUUCAUGUUCAAUGCUUUUGGAAGAUCUUACGAGACCCUCCAUGGUCCUGUGGGCUUAUACCUCUGGAAUGCCAUUGCAUGUUCGUGUGGUUUUAUGGUGAUGAUCCUGUUUACCUCCGAAGUGAAGAUUCAUCGUCUGUCUGAGAAAAUUGCAAAUUACAAAGAAGAAAGCUUUGUCUUCAAGACAUACACUGAAGUGUUUGGAUAUUCCUUCUGGCUUGUCUUCGCAUGCACGAUGAUACACUGCAGUAACAUACUGCUCAUAAGGUCAAUAGGAAUCCAAUUUCCUUUCUUGAUGUCAAAAAGCACCAAUUCGAGCGAUGGGGGAGUUGACCUAAUGUACUGAACCUCUCUAUCCCCAGAACGUCCCAGUCACAUUUCCGCAUCCCCUGAGCUCUGGAUAGCCUGAUGUUUAUGGAUUGAUGAUUCUGACCAUCCUGAAGUGUAUAUGAACUGGUCCUCUGGAUAAUGCAGCAUGCAAGUGUCUAAGACACAUCACAGGGUUGAAAUUAAUGUGCGGCACAGUGGUGCAGGGGUAGAGUUGCUGCCCCCCAGCGCCAGAGACCCGGGCUCAUUCCUGACUACGGGUGCUGUCUGUACGGAGUUUGUACGUUUUCCCUGUGACCACAUAGAUUUCCUCUAGUUGUUCUGGAUUCCUCCCACGUACCAAAGACGUACAGAUUAUAGGUUAAAUGGCUUCCGUAAAUUGUUCCUGGUAUGUAGGAUAGAAUUAGUGUCGGGGGUGAUUGCUAGUCAGUGCAAACAUGGUGGACAGAAGGACCUGUUUUCAAGCUGUAUCUCUAAACCUAAGGAACAUAAGUAGGCUAGAGGAACUCAGCGGGUCAGGCAGCAUCUAGGGAGGGAAUAGAAAGAUGAUAUGUUGAGUUAGGACUACUCCUCAGCCUGAUUUGAAUGGGGGAGGGAG